AAAGGCUUUUUCCCCAUGCUAAAGACUCUUCAAGUCAGAAUAAGGGUUUGCACAUCUAAGGCAGAGAUGCGGAAGAAUUUCUUCUCUGAGAGCGGAGUGAAUCUGAAGAAUUGUUUACCACAGAGGGCUGUGGAGGAUGGCUAGUUAAGUAUAUACAAGGCUGAGCUAAAUUUAUAAUCACUAAGAGAAUCAAGGGCUGUGGAGAGAUGGAAGUGGAGUUGAGGAUUAUUACAUCAACCAUGAUCUCAUUGAAUGGUAAAGCUGUCUCCACGGGCUGAAGGGCCUCCAUCUGCUCCUGCGACCCAUGAUUUUGUUGAUUACGAAUGAAGUAAAAUUAAAGGUGUCUAUCGGGCAAGCUGUGAUCCCACCCCACUCUGAUCGUAAAGGAAACAUUCUAAAUGCAGAUGCGAUCGAAAUGUAGCGGUUCAUUAAUUUGAGCAGCCUCAGAAACUUCUGGGUGGGGCGUCUCCGAUCUGGUUAUGAGCUGUUCGCGUUGGCUGCUGCUGAGCUAGCCGUAUCCUCAGUUUAACUUUUUGGCGGCAGUCACCGUUACAAUGCCCGGAAAAUCUUCAAAGUUACUUCGGUUCCUGCAAAACAGCGAUACAGGGACUUCAGCCGUAUUUUGGACAGGAGGGAUCGUCAUGCUUUAUCAACUGGAGGAGAUCUUAGGAAGGCACAUUCCAUGCCCGUGUAUGUCUGCAGCCUCAAAUGUUCAGUAUGUUUGGAUGUUCUUCUCGAUACCUGCAACAAUAUUGUUUGCCCUUGGUGUGCUGCUCCAAUGUGAACAAAAUAAAUGCCAACAGUCGGGAAGCAAUUGGAGGAAAGAGUGGAACUGGCGAACUUUCUGUUGUUUCAAUUCCUUCCAAGCAUGGAAGCAUGAGUGUUGUUCGACGAAGUUGGCCAAGGUCAUUCUUGUCAUUUUCUGCAAAGCACUCAGCCUAUCACUAAUAUGGAUCGGUAUUUUGUUUCUCGAUGGCGAUUAUUAUGCCUGUUCUAUGAUAAUGGAUAAUGUGAAAGUGAACAGUACAAUAUGCUCCAAACUCAGCUGCGAACAGAAUCCCAGUUUCUUUUUACACGAGUACGGUCGUCUUUGUGAUUAUUCGCGGGUGAUCGGUAUCAGUUUACAUUGCACCUUGGUGCUUGUGGUUGCAUUGAUUUUAUUCUACUACGUUUGCAAAGCUGAUGACACAAAACCUCAAACCGAAUAUAAGCACAAAUAUCAAUUCAAAUAUAUUAACGAGAAUAACGAACUGAUUAUGGAGCCAUUGGAAAGUGGAAUGUCUGAGGCUAUACAAACAGGCAGUGAGAACAUGAAGAAAUUAAUCUCGACCAUUAUUGAUGUUGUAUUUGAGAUUCACCAAAAUAACUAUGCAAUGUACAUGUCUCGCCAGCAAACACAGUCAAGUCCGAGCAGUGAAAGAGAGAAGAUAAUACCAAGACUGCCAUUGCUUACCACUAUCUCAAUCAAGACUGCUUCAGACAAAAAUGAAUCCAUCAUUGAAGUGCACUACACAGUGAAAGAGAAUAUGACUGAAGGGCCUCAACAAGAAGAUGAAGGAUCUCAAAAUGAACCUUAGAAAUAAAAUGUGAUGGUAAAUAUUCCAGGACGUGCUAAUAAUUGUCUUUCGACUAACUGAUCUCUAACUUGCUAUUUGCUGUUCUGAGUUUUUGAAUAGUAGUUAUUUUUUUAAAUUUCCAAGACAUAUAAGUAGAAGUGUGAUAAAAAGGGUUGAGGUUAAUUAUGAGCCAAAGUACGCAAUAGCAGGGGGAAUACUGAGGAGGUACCUGUCUUUACUGAUGAAGAUGUCAAUUAAAUCUUAGUGAAAGAGUGGAGAUACUGGAUGAGUUGAAAAUGGAUAAACCACAAGAUUGGAUUAUAUUCAUCCAAGGGGCUGACUUGCUGUCUCAAUGCUUAGCACUGCUGCCUCGCAGUGGCAGGACCUGUCUUUGAUUUCACCUUCGGGCAACUGUCUGUGUGAAGGUUUCAUGUUCUUCCGUCUCUGCAUGGCAUUUCCUCCGGAUGCUCUGGUUAACUUCCACAUUCCAAAUUUCUGCUAGCUAGGUGUUUUUUACCAAGUUAAAUUGUCCAGGAUGUCUAUACACACGCAGGCUAGGUGGAUCAUCCAUGGUGUAUGUUAGGUUACAGGUUUAGGGCAGUGGGGUACGUUUGGAUGGGAUGCCGUUUGCAGGGGUCAGUGUGGACUUGAUGGUUUAAAUGUCCUGCUUCCGCACUGUAAGGCUUCUACCAACAAGAAUUUUAAAGAACAGGUCAAUAAAAUGAAAUAUGCAAAGAACUGAAGAAGGUGACUAUUUAUGCAGAUGUCUGAGAUACUCUUUCAGGUUUGAAACAAUGAUGAAGCUGCAAUGAUGAAAACAAAUGAAGUUCAGAAUGUGAAAACUUAGCAAUUUUCAAAAACAGAACGGGACAAUUUACAUUAGUGUUCCAACGGCAUCUCUUCUCUUGAAGGAGUUUUGAAUUAUAAAUGUUGGAAAUAGAAAAUUGUCUGAAUGCCUCACAAAAGUCUAAUUUUACAAAUUAAAGCAGACAGUAAUUCUGGGUGAGAAUUUUUUUAGAUUAGAUUAUUUACAGUGUGGACACAGGCCCUUCGGCCCAACAAGUCCACACCGACCCUCCGAAGAGUAACCCAUCCAGACAC